AUGGCUGACAGCAACACCAUCAGGCUCCGAGUCUUCUCCCUCAACUGCUGGUGAGUGCUGUUUUGUUUUUAGUGUGUGCAGAGUAAGCAUACAUGUUUUGCAUCGCACACAUACUAGGCCUAUAAUGUGGUAAUGUUGUCUGUCUGUCCUUCCUGUUCUCAGGGGUGUCCGUUACCUCAGCAAGCACUGUCCGCAGCGCUACGCCAUGAUAGGAGAGCUGUUGAGCAGAGAGGAGCAUGAUAUUGUCCUGCUGCAAGAGGUUUGUUCACACACUGGUCUGUUCUGCUCAUGUUUUGGUGAGGGAGGUCCACUGUGUUACACGCCAUUCCACUACUCUCACAGCUGUCUCGACUGUCUGGGCAUUUUGCCAAAGCUGUGGAAUUUUUCCACCCUUAUGUUCAUACCAUAUAUACAUACAUACAUACCACAAACCCUCCCCAAAGUUAUCCCUCUCUAUUGAGCAAGCUUUUCAACACUUGUCUUGAGGCUAUUAAUUAACAUGGUGAAGCCUUCGCUUACUGAACGCUUAUCAUUGAAUAUCUUCAAGUACAGUGCCUUCAGAAAGUAUUCACACCCCUUGACAUUUUUCCAUGUUUUGUAGUAUUUCAGCCUGAAUUUGAAAUCGAUUACAUUUAGAUUUUUUGUCACUAGCCUACACACAAUACCCAUUAAUGUCAAAGUGGAAUUAUGUUCUUCGAUAUUUUUUAAAAAUUCAUAAGAAAUGAAAAGCUGACAUUUCUUGAGUCAAUAAGUAUUCAACCCCUUUGUUACGGCAAGCCUAAAUAAGUUCAGGAGUAAACAUUUGCUUAACAAGUCACAUAAUAAGUUGCAUGGACUCACUGUGUGCAAUACUAGUGUUUAACAUCUCUCUACCCCACACAUACAAUUAUCUGUAAGGUCCUGGAGUCAAGCAGUGAAUUUCAAACACAAAGACCAGGGAGGUUUUCCAAAGAAGGGCACCUAUUGGUAGAUAGGUAAAAAUAAAAUAAAAAGCAGACAUUGAAUAUCCUGUUCAGCAUGGUGAAGUUAUUAAUAACACUUUGGAUGGUGUAUCAAUACACCAGUCACUACAAAGAUACAAGUGUCCUACCUAACGCAGUUGCCGGAGAGGAAGGAAACCGCUCAGGGAUUUCACCACAAGGCCAACGGUUACAGAGUUUAAUGGCUGUGAUAGGAGAAAACUGAGGAUGGAUCAACAACAUUGUAGUUACUCCACAAUACUAACCUAAUUGACAGUGAAAAGAAGGAAGCCUGUAUAGAAUAAGGACAAAUAUUCCAAAACUUGCAUCCUGUUUGCAACAAGGCACUAAAGUAAUACUGCAAAAAAAUGUGGCAAAUCAAUUUGUCCUGAAUACAUAUUGUUACAUUUGGGGCAAAUCCAAUACAACACAUUGUUGAGUACCACUCUCCAUAUUUUCAAGCAUAGUGGUGGCUGCAUCAUAUUAUGGGUAUGCUUGUCAUCAUUAAGGACUGGGGAGUUAUUCAGGAUAAAAAAAUAACCGGAAUGGAGCUAUGCACAGGCAAAAUCCUAGAUGAACACAUGGUUCAGUCUGCUUUCCACCAGACACUGCCAGAUGAAUUCACCUUUCAGCAGCACAAUAACGUAAAACACAAGGCCAAAUAUACACUGGAGUUGCUUACCAAGAAGAUUGUGAAUGUUCCUGAGUGGCUGAGUUACAGUUUUGACUUAAAUCUGCUUGAAAAUCUAUGGCAAAACUUGAAAAUGGGUGUCUAGCAAUGAUCAACAACCAAUUUGACAGAGCUUGAAGAACUAUGAAAAGAAUAGCUGUAAUCACUGCCAAAUGUGUUUCUAACAUGUAUUGACUCAGGGGUGUGAAUACUUAUGUAAAUGAGAUAUUUCUUUAUUUCAUUUUCAAUCCAUUGCAAGUAUUUCUAAAAACAUGUUUUCACUUUGUCAUUAUGGGGUAUUGUGUGAGAUUGUGUUUUGUUCUGGCUGUAACACAACAAAAUGUGGAAUAAGUCAAGGGGUAUGAAUACUUUCUGAAGGCACUGUAUGUUCUCAAUGUUCCCCUGGUUUUAUUUUUCAGGUCUGGAGUGAAAAAGACUUCCUCUGCUUGAAAAGGAAACUUUCCUCUAUCCAUCCGCACUCCCAUUACUUCAAAAGGUACAAUUAGAAAUGUUCGAACCAAGAUGUCUUGUUCAAUCUGUUGGUGUUCCUGGCCCUAUAGGACCUCCAUGUAGUUCGUUUUCCUAGUAACCCCUUCAUCAACUCUCAAAACACAUGGAAAAUAUUUUAAAUCACUUAAGUUUUCAUUCAAUUGCUUAGUCAAACAUAGUUCAUUAAGGACUUAUUUUAAUAGGAAGACAAAACACAUAGUGAUCCCUGUGCUCUGCAUUGUACACUGCAUUUUAAUGUCAACCACAAUAAACUAUUCAUUUGGAAGAUAAUGACCUCAAUGCAGGAAGAUUAGCUAGCUAUAGCACAAUGGAAUUUCUCCAAGUUAAUCUUAAUACUUGCUUGACCUCCAUACCAAGGCACAGGACUAAGAUUAGUUCAAAGGCCUUGCAUUUCUAAUCCUCUCAGAAAUUCACUAAAAGAGUGGAGGAGAUCAGCAGAUUUUAGUGAGUUGGUUCUUACAGUUUAGUCAGAAGUCACAUACACUUUUCAGCAUAUUGACUGGUGUAGUUUAGUCAUCAUGUCUAACAGUCUACAGCUUUUAGACAUAAGAGAAAUGGGAUUUAGCACUUUACUUGAACAGAACCUACAUUAGGACUUCAUAACCCAUGCAUACCACAUUCAUAAGCAGUACAUAGGUAUGCAUGGGUUAUGAAUGUGUAAUAAAGUCCUUCUGUAGGUAGCCUACCAUUAAAGUAAAGUGUGACCAAACACUCUAUAGUAACAUGUGGUAGCCUACACGUGUAUCUUAAUGCUGUACGUUGUGUUUCUCUCCCCCGCCUCUCCUCCAGUGGCGUCAUAGGCAGUGGACUGGCCACGUUCUCCAGACAUAGAAUCCAUGACGCAUUUCUCUACCGCUAUUCAUUAAACGGCUAUCCAUACAUGGUAAGUCAUCUAGUCCUUACACAUUUGUGUGUACAGUAUGAUGAGUUUGGCUUUGGUAGGUAGUCAGACAUUCUCUUCAGUCCUCACUGUGUAUCCUGUCCUCUGAUCCAGGCCCAACAUGGAGACUGGUUUGGAGGCAAGGCUGUGGGGAUGGUCAUAUUAAACAUAGGCAGACUGACAGCACAUGUCUACGUCACACAUGUAAGUGUUUCUAUCCAAACUUCUCAUCCACACCUGUGAAUAAGAUGAUGGUGCCCUGAUCCAAGGGCAGUUUAGUUAAUUUCUCCAUAAUGGUUAAAGGGGCAAUCUGCGGUUGCUACGUUCAUUUAUUGAAGAAAAUGACUUAUCCGUGCCUCAUGAGCUUAGUUCAACUGUCGUACCCCACCAGAACCCAAAAUAUAAGCUUGUUUUACUCCAAUUUUUGUAAACAAUGUAGAUGUAAACAAACACUGUGUGGUCCUCUGUAGCUCAGCUGGUAGAGCACGGCGCUUGUAACGCCAAGGUAGUGGGUUCGAUCCCCGGGACCACCAAUACACAAAAAUGUAUGCACGCAUGACUGUAAGUCGCUUUGGAUAAAAGCGUCUGCUAAAUGGCUUAUUAUUAUUAUUAUUAUUAUUAUUAUUAUUAUUACUGUAUAGCCUCAAAACAUGUUUAAAACUAAAAUGUUCAUCUCAUAUAUGGCCUGUUCUUGCACUAGAGCUCUGUCUCUGAAUUUAAGAGUGCUUACAUUUCUCCAAACCCAUCCCUCAGCAGUGGUGGGGAGUCCGCUUUGUUGUUGUUUGAACUGCAGAUUGCCCCUUCUAAGGUUAGGAUUUUGGGGAGUUUGCUGAACCUAGAUCUGUGCCUAGGGGUAACCUCUACCUGUAGCAGACACAUGCAUAUGAGAUGUAUCUAUGACUGAUGUGGUGUCCUCUUCCUGUGUGUGUGUUGUCCAGCUGCAUGCAGAGUACUGCAGGGAGAAGGACUCCUACUUACCUCAUAGAGUGGUACAGGCCUGGGAGCUGCAGCAGUUUAUACGGUAAGGAGGCUAAAACUCAAUGCAUUUUAAUUUCAAUGCCAUUUUAAUGGGUGUUAUUUUGAUUUAUUCUGUUAGUCAUACCUCCAGUGGAGCAGACCUGGUGAUUUUGGCCGGAGAUCUGAACCUGCAUCCCCAGGACCUUGGCAACCGGUUGCUACGGACAUACACUGGCCUCCGGGACAGUUACACAGAGACUGCUAAGUUUGAUGUAUGAUGAUCAGUCCAGUGCCAUUAAUUUUUUCAUUUGAAAUCUAACUGAAAUAUCUUGCAGAGGAGAGGUUGAUUUAUGUUUGAUUAGUUAUGCACAUGCCUCUAAUGCUUAUUAAAAUACACUGAAAAGCUAUUAAUCAUAUUUUCUCUGUAGGGCUGUGAGGACGGCAUCACUCUUAUAGCAGAUAACCCUUUCAUCAAUCCCAAAGAGCUCUGCCCCUUCGAGAAGGGCAUCCGAAUAGACUACAUCCUCUACAAGGUGACAGUGGGAAGGAUCGUUCGAUAUCCGGCAUUUGUUUUAAUUUCUAACUAACUUUCAUAUUUGACAAACAGUCUGCCAAUAUGUACUGGACAAUAAAUGUGCCUACUUAUUACCAAAAUAAAAAUAGACAUUGAUCAUUGUAUUGAUGGUACAUCUUGUACACUAAAAUGUGUGUUGUAUCAUUCCCAGGGGUCAGGAAGAGUGUCUAUCCAGUGUGAGUCUCUGUCAACCACCAAGGGUUCUGUCCCUGACCAUCCCUUCCCUUACUCUGACCACGAGGCCCUGAGCGCAGAGCUGCAGCUGCAGACCCUGACACAGCAGGCAGGAGGAGACGAGACCAGAGGUAUGCAGGACUGUGCUGCAGGUACUCAUUCUAAGCCUCAUUCACCACUAUUUCAUACCAUUCUCUACGGACAACACACCAUUCCAGUUACAAUGUGAUGGCCUAGGGUUUGACUUGCUAUUUCCCUCCUUCCCUCAGGUAAGCUGGCUGAGCUGGUGGACAUAGUGACGGAGGCCCGUACUGAGGUGAAGGUGGGCCUGUACUGUGCUGAGAGGAUGCGCUACACGGCAGCUCGUACCGGGGUGAUGGGCCUGGCCCUGCUGCUGUUGGAGCUGGCCAUCGCUGCUGUUCCCUGGCUAGCCCUGGGAGCUGACCAGCCCUUCCCCCAGGCCUCCUUCUACCUAUUGGGCGUGCUGUGCUUUGCCAUCCUGAUCACCACCUUCCUGCUCUACAUCUUCUACACCAUGGAGGUGAAGGCUCUACAGGGGGCAGAGGACCAGAUGAGGCUGGCUGUAGGGAGCCUCCAGGAGAGGCUGAGGGGAUUCCCCCUGGCCCAGCCUCUGAACCCCCUC